AUGCAACGCCGAAAAAGAGCAGAAUACAAGAUUGCUGCGCAAGACACAAAACUGGUAACCUUUUUUUUUAAAAAAGAUAAAGUUCUGAAAAUUUUAGAGCCUAAUGAUAACGAUUCUGAAAAUCAAAUUGCAGAUUUAGAUUUUGAAUCAAUUUUAUCAAAUUUAAAAGCUCUUUUUAAUGAUAAAACUCUUUCAAUUCAAAGCAGAAAUCGGUUACAGCUCAUUUUUCAAUUUAUUAAUUUACGUAAAAUGGGAUAUAAAACAAUGAAUGCAAGUCGAAUUGUUGCUAAAAGUAUUGGAAAAGGGAAAUAUCAAGUAGAGUUAAUUGUUUGGACAAAGAAUUUUUUGAAAAAUAAAACAAUUCCAACAUCCGAGCAUGGUAAAUAUCAAAAAAUUAAAAGCCUUUUAUAG